AUGGGCUUCGACUGGGGCGAGAUCUACGCCACACCAGACGAAGUCACAUUGACACCCUUCGAUCCCACGUCCUUAACCCCAACCGUUACUUUGGCCCUGUGGAUGAAAUCUUCGAUGUUCGAAACCUGUAUCAACCAUCAGAAUGUCUGGCUUGCCUUCGACGUCCAUAGCUUGUACCACAACAAUCUCUGUCAAGUCAGGGAUGAUGAUGAUUUUGUCGGUCUCUAUGUGGAUGAUGAAAAUGAUAGUUUUGGUGGAUUUGAGCUCAGCAAUUGCAGAACUCGGCGAUUCAUUGAAGGUGAAAUCCCCUUGAUUUCUGUGCACCUUCGUGAGCUGGCUGUACCUACACCUCAGUUCCAACAUGAAUAUCAUGUGAUCGUCGGGAUACAUUCGAACGAGUUUAGGCGUCUUAUCACUUAUCUGGGCCAUAUCGGAGUGUUAGUUGCUGCACGUGUAACAGAUACUAAAGUUAAGUUCUCUGUAGGUGAUGUAGAAGUCGUUUACAGUAAAGAGCUGGGGCAGUGUAUUAUCGGGGGUGAUGUGGGGGAGGAAGAUCCAGUUUUCUUGUUGUUCAAUCUUGAACACACUCGCGCAAUCAAGACUGCUGCAGAGCUGUCCCAGAUGGUGUGGUUGCUGGGCCAGUCCAAUGGUUUAUCUGUCAUGAUGCUUUGCCUCUUACUCGACUUGUUAACCUCAUGUUUUGCUUUGGUCCUCCUCAAGCCUGAAGCCUGA